CUCCCUGCCUGAGGCGAGGAGGCCGGCUUGCAAGGUUGAGUGGCCCGAGCUGAGGGCGGCGACGGCGACGGCGUUGAUAGCGGUGAUAACGACGGCCUCAGCAGGCGGGGAAGAUGAAAGGUAGCCGGAUCGAGCUGGGAGAUGUGACACCCCACAAUAUUAAGCAGUUGAAGAGAUUGAACCAGGUCAUCUUUCCAGUCAGCUACAAUGACAAGUUCUACAAGGAUGUGCUGGAAGUUGGCGAGCUAGCAAAACUUGCCUAUUUCAAUGAUAUUGCCGUAGGUGCGGUGUGCUGUAGGGUGGAUCAUUCACAGAAUCAGAAGAGACUUUACAUCAUGACAUUAGGAUGUCUGGCACCUUACCGAAGACUAGGAAUAGGAACUAAAAUGUUAAAUCACGUCUUAAACAUCUGUGAAAAAGAUGGCACUUUUGACAACAUCUAUCUGCAUGUCCAGAUCAGCAAUGAGUCAGCAAUUGACUUCUACAGGAAAUUUGGCUUUGAGAUUAUUGAGACAAAGAAGAACUACUAUAAGAGGAUAGAGCCCGCAGAUGCUCAUGUGCUGCAGAAAAACCUCAAAGUUCCUUCUGGUCAGAACACAGAUGUGCAAAAGACAGACAACUGAACGAAUUACAAAUGAACUUUCUUGCACUUGCUUGUCGCCAAAUAAAAAGAGAGGCCCAUUGAUUCCCCCCUCUUUCUUUUAAAGUUUUCCCCCCUUUGUUCUUGUUUUUCUUCUUUCUUUUCUUUCCUUUCCUCUAAAAGUUUUUAAUUCUUUCAAGGACUUUAAAAAAUAAUCAUGUUUGGAUUGUUUUAGUUCUCUUAUUUUUGUGAGGUGGUUUGACUGAAGGAAGAAAGCAGAUCUGUUUAAUUUUGCAGUUAAGAUAUAUGGUCCUCAAAAUUUAGGUGUCAAAUAAUUUCAAAAUUUUUAGCUGUUUUUUUAAAUGUCCUGCUUUACAUUGAAGGGCAGAGCCUACAAAAUAUUGUAUAUUUCAAAAGACAAAAAGAAGCAGCAGCAAUAUCUUGUUCUCUAAUUCAUAGACAAGUUUAGUGUGUGUGGUACUUUGGGUUUAUAAAGACUUUGUGGGAUACUAAUCCCUAGACAUUGCCUUCACUCCACCUUUAGUCCUUCCGAGAACUCUCAGGAGUUGGACCGUUGUUCUCCUUGUAAGAAAUACUAAGCUUAUUUUGAUUUUUCAAGCAAUUAUUUCUUCUCUUCUUGCUAGUGGGUGGGGCAGUUUGCGUAGGUAGUAUUAUACUUUGGUCUAAGUGUUUGAGUUAAACUACUUUUUUGCUAAUGAGUGGGCUGGUUGGUAGCAGGUUUAUUUUUCCUGCUGUUGAUUGUUAAUAGUGACAUUAACUUGUAGAGUGUGGGCUGGUGAGAUUAAUUUUUUUUAAUAUCCCAGCUAGAGAUAUGGCCUUUAACUGACCUAAAGAGGUUUGUUGUGAUUUAAUUUUUUUCUCCUGUCCUUUUAAAUCAGUAAACUCAACAGUAGUCUAACCUUAAAAGUGGAGUUGAUGUCCUUAUAGGUCACUACCCCUAAGUAAACCUAAAGCAGGUGUUUUCUCUUGGACGUAUUAAGACAUACCUAAAAGGAAGCUUGUAUGGACUUGUGGCACAAUAAAUGCAUUUAAGGUUAACUAAUGCAGGCUGUUAAAAGUGACCACUGAGCAUUUGAUUUUAUAGGAAGGAAUAUCUAGACAGUAUUUUUGAGAAUAACAUAGCUGUGCUAUUGCUUUAUCUGUUGAAGAACAUCCCAGAUUUGCUUAUACUCUGUGCCUACGAUAUUGAGUUGAAGAGUUUGGGGUAAGGGGAAUCAUUAAACAUGUUGCUUCUAUCCUUGGAAAACAGAAGUACGAAGUGUUAAUAAUGCAGAUGUCACUGUGACCCCUUCUACUGACAAGACUGGUUUCUGCCAGAUCAUUUUCUGGCACAUGGGAAGUGACUUUGACAGGUUGAUAACUUUUUGUAAGAUGAGAGGCAUCUGAAAUAGUCAUGCUUUCCUCUCAUAGUCCCAUCUCCAAUAUUUAGAAGUUUUUAGGUUGCUAGUACUCAUAGCCCAAAAAAUGUUUUCAGUUAAACUUUAAAACAGUUUACUGGACUUGAGUUUUCUUCGUCUGACUUUAAAAGGAAGGUUGAUUCAUAGUGUUUUUCCUCUUAUGUAAAAUUUUGGUAUGAAAGUCUCAUCUCCAAAUAUAUUAAAUGACAAAAUUAUUUUAUAAAAUGUGCACACUUUAAAACCUUAAGUUUUUAUUUGAGAAUGUGAAAGUACAAAGUACAGUAGACUUCAGUCUUGAGUGCCAAGAAAUAAUACAGAAAAAGAAGAUAGUUGAAUUAAUUUUAUAGGGUUCUGAUCUUAAGAUGGUAAAAAUGUAGAAAGACCAUCCUGUGUUUUGUGGGUAUCAGUUUCUUAAACAGUCCAAAUCUAAGCUUAGAAGAAAAGUUUAGCAUUAAGCACCUUUACCUUCAUGGAUAAGCUUCAGCUUGCUCUUGCCAAGAGAAGAGUGCUUGAGUUACGGAAGGCAUAAUUAGUUUGAAGAAUUCAGCCUUUUUUGUAAAUUUCCCAGAUAUCAAAAUAGAUUUUGAUAUAUAAGUGAGUUUUCUGAGAUGACACUGCCUCAAUUUCUAUAACCAUUUCACCUGGACUAUCUAAUCAGUCCUAUGAAUGUAUCCCUAAAUAUGGUUAUUGAAAACCGAAUAGCUGCCUCAUGACAAUUAAGUACAUGUUAUUUAAGGGGGAAAAAUAUUAAAUUUUGGAUUCAGUGUGUAGGCUCCCUGUCAUUAUAGAGUUUCUGUUUCCACACUAGUCAAUGACUUAACCUAAAUUGUAAAUGUUUGUAAAGGGUUCCUUGUCCUACAUCAAACUUGUAUUAAAUAAUUCCAUCCACUUGGGGAGGAAGAGGAGGAGCAUGUGGAAGAGGUAGAAACUGGGCACUAGUUCCUAUGCCUGUGCAUCAGUAAAGACUGAAGUAAUGUCCCAUGUUGAGUUGGUUAUUUUGAUAUAUAAUAAUGAUUAUCUUUGAGGUAAAACAAUAAUUCUAUUAACUGGAAGAUCACAGGAUAUAUCCAUCAUAUUUUUCAGGACAGGUAGUUUUUACUAUGGGACAAAUAGGUUAAAUUUUUACUGUAUGGUAAUUGCAUUUAGGUUCUAAAGAAAAGAAUCUGUAGAGAGAUCUAUGCAAUAUAUGUCCAGAUUAGUUUUCAUUUGGGGAAAGAAGUUCUGAAAUAUCUCCAAAGCAGUUUACUCAUCAAUUGAAAGUCCUCCAAAAAGAACUAUUGGGAAACCAUGGUGUGUGGUGGUGGAAAAGGAAAGCUCCCUCAGUUUUUUGGAGGGAAUAAGUUAAAAAAUACUUAAAUGGCUAAGUUUACUUGGUGCAGUUAAGAAUUAAACUUGUCAAUUUUAACAUUGCUGUUACAUCUGAAAUAAACUUAUGUGAUGUUCUGGUA